UUUAACCUGGACAGAAUUACGGAAAAACAACCCGCUGCAAACUCUCUGCGAAAACAGACAAUAUUCAUUACUUUUUAUGGCGACAUUGUUUCGAAUCACUUUAGGGAUUCGUUCACAGUAAUGACAAUGUUGGGUAUGUAUGUGCCAGAUAGAUUUUCUUUGAAAUCAUCUAAGGUCCAGGAUGGAAUCGGGCUUUACACGGCGAGACGAGUGAAAAAGGGGGAAAAGUUUGGCCCUUUCGCUGGAGAAAAGAAACUGCAGAGUGAGCUGGAUGAGAGCACAGACACCAGACUGAUGUGGGAGGUCCGAGGUAAUAAAGGUGAUGUGCUCUAUGUUUUGGAUGCCAGUAACCCUCGCCAUGCCAACUGGCUGCGUUUUGUCCACCAGGCACCAUCGCAAGAAGAGAAGAACCUGGCAGCCAUCCAGGAUGGAGAGAAUAUCUUCUACCUGGCAGUGGACGACAUUGAGACAGACACAGAAAUGCUGAUAGGCUACCUGGACAGUGAUAUGGAGGAAGAGGAAGAGGAAGAGGAAAUCAUCAAAGAUGAAGAUGAAAACAGCAAAGAGGCCAAACAUCUUAUUGAAAUGGAACUGGUAAUCAAGAAGGAGGACCACCCGUGCCUGCUGUGUGAGAGCAGCUUCCCUAGUGAGGAGAUCCUAGCAGCCCACCUCCAGAGCCUGCACCAGAGACCAAUCACAGAGGAGAAAGAGUACAAGUGCAGGAACUGUGGCAAGAAGUUCCCCAUCAAACAAGCCCUGCAGCGCCAUGUUCUGCACUGUGCUGAGACCCUGGGUCCUUCAGUGGACUCCUCCAGAGCCCACCACCAGUGUUCCCCCUGCCACAUCACCUUCAGCUCAGAGUCCAGUUAUGACCAGCACAAGGAGGCUUGUAGAGGAGAUGCCAGGUUCAUCUGUAAGGCUGAGAGCUGUGGGAAGAGGUUCAAGAGCAAAGACGCUCUGAAGAAACACAAAGGGAACGUCCACACAGGAAGUUCCAGGCGGAAGCUCAUGUGCACCAUCUGCAACAGGAAAUGCUCCUCCUUACUGAAUCUCCAGGAACAUCGUAAGGUACACGAGAUAUUUGACUGUACUGCCUGCGACAAGAAAUUCAUCUCUACCAAUCAGCUCAAGCGCCACAUGAUCACUCACUCAGAGAAACGUCCGUACACCUGUGAGAUCUGCAGUCGUUCGUUCAAGCGUCUGGACCAGGUGACGGCCCAUAAGAUUAUCCACAGUGAAGACAAGCCCUACAAGUGUAAGCUGUGUGGGAAGGAGUUUGCCCACCGGAACGUCUACAAGAACCACAAGAAGACUCACUCAGAGGAAAGGCCCUUCCAAUGUGAGGAGUGCAAGGCCCUGUUCCGCACCCCAUUCUCUUUACAGCGCCACCUGCUCAUCCACAACAGUGAGAGGACAUUCAAGUGUGACCAGUGUGAUGCCACCUUCAAGAGGAAAGACACACUCAACGUGCACAUCCAGGUGGUGCACGAUGGACACAAGAAGUACAAAUGUGACCUGUGUGAGAAGGCCUUCGUCACCCCCUCUGUUCUCAAGAGCCACAAGAAGACGCACACAGGGGAAAAGGAGAAGAUCUGCCCAUACUGUGGACAAAAGUUCGCCAGCAACGGCACUUUGAGGGUCCACAUCCGCAGCCAUACAGGUGAGCGGCCAUACCAGUGUCCUUACUGUGACAAAGCAUUCAGCAAGAAUGAUGGACUGAAGAUGCACAUUCGCACACACACUCGGGUAAGUCUCCUUUCCACACCCACUCCUACCAAACACUCUCUCUUCUCUUUAUUCCAGGCACAGUUUGAGGAGAGACAGCUCAGUAUCAUGGAGAUAAAGCUAUUGGACCUGGGCCAGAGGAGUGAUCUCAAGGUAAACAACGCCUGA